AUGUCUGCUCCGGAAAGAAGCGAGGAUAUUAUCGGCAAAAAGGUCGAUCGUUGUAUUUCAGAUACCCUUAUCAAAACAGGAGCCGGUGUUUCCGUUGGUAUAAUCGUUUCGGUGCUCUUUGCUAAACGUCGUCCAUGGCCUUUGAUUUUCGGCACUGGAUUCGGUCUUGGAAUGGGAGUUUCGAAUUGUAACAGUGAAUUCAAGCAGCCUCUUCCAUUGCAGUCCCAUAUUAUCGUGGCACAGAAGAAACCCUAG